UUCUUCUUCUUGCUUCAUUUCUAGUUCUUUUCCAUCCCGCCAUACGCUCCUACAGAUUCAUCUACCUCUGUCGAAAAGCAAAAGUGCAAUUGAAAUUCUGUGUCAAGUAGAGAGUUUUUCGCAAGGUUGGAGACGUCUGGAUGCUGGAAGUGUACCUUCCUGCUGCUGGUUGUGUUGUAGUCGGGCUGCUACACGGUCUUAAGUACUCCUGCCGUAAGGACAAAACGUGGCACCGUGUGGCGGCCACUGCGCUUUUCGGGGCUGGCGGCAUUGGAUACAUUAAGAUCUACCGAGGCGACAGAGACUGGUAUUCAUCGGCAUUUUCUCUGUACAGUAAAUGAGUGAAUGUCAGUACGAGGAACGAGAUCGAUCUUAAUAUCCACUUCUGUUCAUCCUCUUCUCAGGUUUCGGUAUGUUCCGUACGCGAAGCAGCCCACGUAUAUGAAACAGAACUUUCCGUUCUAUGUGUCAUCAUACUGUUUCGCGUUCCUCGGUUGCUUUGGGACCCGUGAGACCUAUGUUCGAUUCAUGAGUCGGUACCUUCUGCCGCCAAAGUAG